AAAAUUCCCCGUAAUUAAUACGCAGACAACUAUAUUCAUAUACAAGUGUAUUUUUUUUUAUUUAAAUAGCUUAGUUAAAUAGCUUACCUGUAGCGUUUUUUCCACCACCUGUUCAAGAGAAUUUUAAUAAAGAUGGCCCAAUCGCCGAGCAUUAAAAUCCUGUUGGCCGAGCAAAUGAAGUUGGGGGAGCAAAUACAGAGCACCAUCCGGAAUUAUAAAAAGGAUUCGGCUAAACGAAAAAGCAAAGCUGGAUAUAUUGAAGGGCGACUAUCCCAAUUGAAACUUUUGUGGGAUGCCUUUUCCGAAGGAGAAAAUACUAUUAAAACUGUCGAUGACAAAUCGAAAAUGGAACAUACAUAUUUUAAAAGCAACUUCUUUGUCAAAAUAAAAACCAUGGUCGUUAAAUAUACAGCAGAAUUCAAUCAGAAUCUGUCCCCAUUGGAAAAUAAUACUGAAAACGUAUCCGCAUCGCCGACAAAUGACGAGGUUAAAUUUAAAUCUAUGUUUAGAGAACAGAGAAUAUUGAUGGAAAAAUUAGAUAAUAUUAUGAACAAGUUAGAUGUCGCAACAAGGAAAGGACUUAACCCGAUAAUUUUACCCCAUUUAACUGAUAUACAAAGUAUGCAAACGCAGAUCUACCAAAACUACAAGGAUCCCAAGUAACUUUAAGAUUAUUUUCUAACCAUAAAACAAAAUUU